AUGGUGGAAUCCGACGAUUACUCUUUGGCGGUAGCCAUGCAAUUACCUGCUUCCCCGGCUAACCUACCAUGUGACUCGCGGGCGCAAGAUCCCACAUCGGUGCCUUUGCCUCCAUCUCCAUCUCCAUCUCCAAUGUUGCUACCGGUAAACGUGGGGACAGGUGAGUGCGGUGGCUCGGGCCGUUCCAGUCCCAGGGUUAUGGCCACUCCCAAUGGAAACAAUGCUAUGCCUCCCCAGGUCUCCUUUGAGGAAUUUGCCACCCGCUACCACCAAACCCAGCGCAAGCAGGCCCAAAGGAAACGACUGGAGAAGCGUCUGCGCGCUACUAAGGUGUCUGUUGGCGUCUCCGCGCGCAUGAUCCGUGUCGGGCUCACUUCACAGCGCGGUCUGGUUGAAGCCCUCCGGCACGAUGACAAGGCCAAUUUCGUUGCUCUAUACCACACACUCCAUGAUAUCCAGGAAUCGUGUCGCUCACCCCUGAACGAUGACCACGCAGACUCAGACUCCAUGGACCUCCCGUCCGGCACGGACGUUGAUCGUUUCCCGGAUUUCCUUCACCAGAUGAGCCCGCAGUCCCGGGCGGACUUCCUUGAGAUUCUGCGGCUGGUCCGCUCUGACCCUCAUUUCUUGGUCGACCGGUUACGAGGCCUGUCUUCGUCUCAACUGGCCGCUUUUACCUCCCCGGCUACUAUUCUGGACUCCAGUGAUCCUGCUUUUCCUUCUACCUCGCGUGCGCGCGGCCAGUCCUAUCUUAGCCGGAUCCAGGCUCAGUCAGCUGCUUUCAAGGACCACGCGCUUGCCUUUGAGAGGACUGAUCCACUGUCUAUACUUCUCUUUAACGUUUUUGCUGCCCCCUUGGAUCCAGACACCGCCGAGUCCCGCUUACGAAUGGACGUGUGGUCUUCUGUCUGCGCUCAACUAAUCUCCCAUGGAAGUAGUAGAUAUUACCCUCUCAUCGGCCAGGUUCUUACUUCCUGGUCUACCGGCAGCAAUUGGAAAGCCCGCCCCAAAUUUGAACUUUACCUUAUGGAUAUUUUGCAAACCGGUGCUUUUCUUUUGGAGCCUAUUACUGCACCUUCCGGUUUGGAUUUUGAUAUGGAUGCCUUGGAUCCACUGCGCACCGACGUUGCAGAGGAGUUCUUUGCUUCCGCUGUGGAUGAUCUGUUCCGCGUACUUGAUGAUCCAGACGGCGGUUUCCCCCACGCUGUUCUUCAAUUUGCCAAGGCCGUUUUGUGCAAGCUCGAUAGCCCUGAGAGCCGUACUCGCUUCUUGGAGUUUUUGUUUGUCCAGUGGUUCUUUUCCAGGUUCCUCUAUGGCGCGUUGACGUAUCCUGAGACGCACGGUCUCCUCCUCGACUUCCAUAUCCGAAAGGAUGCCCGCGAGAAGUUGUUGAAUCAGGUCGGGCACCGUGCCUACUCUCAAGUAUUUGCUGUUUUGCGCUCAAUGCAUCAUUUCUCGAUCCCCCGUCAAAUCAUCAAGGAACGUGUUGAGAACAUGCUCUCCCGUUUCCAGACCUCGCUCCCUCAAGUAUCGGUUGAUUCCUCUAUUCCUCUACAAUCACUACCCCCUCAACGAACCCCAUCCUCGACUUUCCUUAUGAUGUCUUCUUUGGAUGUUCUCACCCUUCUAGACGCUCUUUUCCAGCAGUCAUCCUCUGCUUCUUCUUUGCAUUCUCCUGCAUCUGCAUCUAUGCAUUUCCCAACCAUCUCACCUUCAUUCAGCAUUCGCCCAGAGUCCAUGGAAUCUGCAUUAAAUCGUUCAAAAUAUGACACCUCAAGACCGACCUCAAACAACGGUUCUAUAUUCUCACUCAGCUCAUCCAUAUUAGCCGCAGGCAAUGGACUGAGUGAAAAGGCAGCUCGAAUCCGCUUUGAGCUGACGGACCUGGAUCACCCUAAUGAGCGUUUGAGUCUAGAGCACCCCUCAAACGAGCAUUGGGCUAUAUUCUCGGUUGCUGCAGACGGCCAUGGUCUGACCUGGAGUCUUCUUCCUGAAACUAAAGAUGAAGAUGGCACAUCUAAAGGUCUAAUUAUUGAAAGUGACGAUGACGCACACUCCACUCUUGGACUAGACGAAAACCAUGAAGCUUUGCAGACUGCAAUCGUUCGCCUUGUUAAAGAAAAUCGCAUUCGAGACUCAGACGAUGGAUUUUUGCCUCGGAAACAGUCUGCCCUGUCUCUGAAGCAGCAGUUCAACCAGGCUAUGUUCUCCUGCCACCAUGACUCUGACUUUGUCGGUGCGCACUACUGGUGGAAUGCUUCAAGGCAGCUUGGGCAGCGGGCAACACCAAGCUUAACUCGGUCGGACGAUUCGUGGAUACUCACUCCGAUGCAUGAUUCUUACAGUCGCUCGUUGAACCAAUCGCGAGCUGUCAUCGAGCGGUGUGAGAGUGACUUCCUUUCUUUGGACCAUAGCCUCCGCCGACUUCAGACUCAGGUCAAGGAUCUCACGGCCACAUUUUCUAAGAUCCGUGACAAGAUGUGGUACAUGACUGAUGUCAAGAAUUCCAUGAAAUAUGAAGAGGCGAAGCAUGUGGCUAUGGCUUUGAAAACCAUGAUAUACUCCGCUCGACUAUUCAGCCAAUAUCCUGAAGAACAAAGAUCUCGCUACGGACCUCGAUCACUAGGCGGCUCCUUGUUCCAGAAACCCGAGGUGCAGGUUAUGAACAUGAUGAAGGCACCCAGUAGUCAAGGUGGACCGAACAAACUGUCAGAUGAACAAGUUGAACUGACAAGGAAAUGGUUGUCACUCAAUGGUAUUGAGAAUUUCUGCAAAGGAGAAGAGCGAAUCCACCGCUUCUGUUACGAGGUCCGGACGAGCAUCAACAAACUAGUUGGUGAAACGAUGGCCGAGACACCGGUGUUAUGGGCGAGCGAGCUCUUCCAAAGGGAACGCUCAAGAUAUGAAGGCUACGGUACUCGCGCCUUUCCGGGCCUAUCCAUGCCUAUGACCCCUCGCCCGUCAACAGCGAAUGAUGAGACAAACCAUGCUUCCCAUUUCUAUGGGAGCAACUUACCCGUUCCUGAUCCCAUGUCUCGGUUUGCACCAGAUGCUCCUUCACUGGGUCGCAAGCCGUCUAUUCAGAGCAUCAUCUCCGAUAAGUGGCAGCCUCAGCGAGACCUGCCGUCAAUCGAUGUUUCUUCCCUUGGAGGAUCACCAGGCCGCCCUGCUUCAACAUCGACUGGUGAUACCUGCAGUACAUUCUGGUCUGCGCCUCAGCGUUACCCCAUGUAUGCGGCAAGCGUAUCAAGCGCUUACUCAAGGCCACCAUCAAUGUUCAGCGAAACGGCAGCCCGUCAGCCCCGUCGUAUCGAACGCAAAACACAGGGCAAGACAGCGUUCAUGGAUGGCCUGAGACAGACCCUGACCAGUCUGCUUCUCAGUGACCUAGGCUCGCCGGUAUGGAGUUGUGGCAGUGAAACGGACGCCUGGUUCGCCAAUGCGCUGAACCAGAAGAGGAUCCAGGUCGAGAUGCGAAGACGCGCUGCUGUUCAGAGGUUCUACGCUGAUUAUGAAGGGCGGCCUCAGCAGCGUGGUUUGAAGGGUCGUCGGAGCAGGUCUCUUUCUGAUCUCCGUGCUGCUGGUCAUAAAGCUGCUAGUGCGGAUGACUCGCCGAUGCUAUCACAGUCUUCUGAUGGCCAGUCGGACUUUUCGUACAAGGCUGUUUUCCAUCGGUUGAUUGAGGUUUUCUCGCGUCAUGGGAGUCCCUUUGUCAAACUCAACGCUCUACGCGAUCUGCGAUCGUUGGUGAUUGCAUCGCUUAUUUCGCAAGACUCAAACUCAAGUACGGCUUUCGCUGCUGGGGAAAUUGAUAUCCGGAGCAAUCCUCAACAGCGCCGGUCGCGCCACAGCUUUUCGGAUGUGCAACGGCGUAGCUUUCCCGAGAUGGACACGGUGCUACCCACAUCCACAACUGAGUCUGUUACUGGUGGCUCCAGACGAUCCGACUACUCCACGCCAUCCGAGUCACAGAUCGUGGCAACGCUGCGGGACCUCAUAUUGGAAGUGAAGCCCAAAACCUUGUUCAGGGAUCUACAAUUCAUCUCAGCAUUCGUCCCAGCAGAUCAACUAGACCAAACCCGAGGCACAGCUUUCCUCCAGUUUGGGUUAGCAGCACUAAGCCUCAAGGAAGAGAUCUGCUACAGUCUAGUCGAGAUUGCAGACCGCAUCGUCUCCCAAGAACUGUCUCGGCGUCAUCCCCCCUUCGCAUCGGAUUUCAAAUCCCAACCGGGCCAUGCCAUCCAGGAUGCAGCAGGCAUGUGGAUUAUCACUGCGAAAGAGGGUAAUCCCGUAGCACAGCGCGAGCUUGCUAUUUUAUACCUGACUCAUCCCGAGCUCCUCCCGCGCGUGACCCUCCCUCUGACUCUUCCGCGGGAUACGUUCAAGGCUGAGAUGAUGUAUCGCCGAGACAAGGACUCAAAAUCGGACCCGCAAAGCAUGUGUCUGGCACUGCACUGGAUGCAGUUGUCUGCCAGUGGGGGAGAUACCCUGGCGCGAAAUAGGCUUCGUGAGCGUGAGGAGUUUGACUCUAUUGCAUAG